UCGAUAGAAUUACUCUCAGAAAGGGAAGUGUGAAUGUCUUCCGUAACCACGGUGAACACGAUAAGAAUUUUUUAGAUAAUUACUAAGAAUGAGAUUAAUCAUCUCAGUACGAUCUGUUUUAAUUUAUCAAAUAUGUUUACUUGUUUAUUUUUUCGCAUGUCUUUCUGGUGAUGCAUGUAUAAUAUUUUUUUUUUUUUUAAAUAAUAAAAAGUCAGAUGGAGAGAAAAAAAAAGAGUAUCUUUCUCUGGUAAAUGACGUGUUGUACAGGGGAAGGAAGGGAAGCUCAGACCACUUGCUGCUGUUGAUAUGCAGGUUCACUAUCACCUCAGACUGCUGUGUUGACUGGAACACAGGAGCAACGGAGAGACAGGGGGGGAAGGGACUUGACUGUCAGUUGGUAGUGGUGGAUGUGACCGUAUUAACACAGACUUGGGGAGGGUGCUGAACUCUGAGGUGCUGGUGGUUAGUCCUAACUAACAGAAAUUAGAACGAAGACUACAGAGUUUUACUACAGGAUAACCUAACUAACAGAAAUUAGAACAAAGACUACAGGAUAACCUAACUAACAGAAAUUAGAACGAAGACUACAGGAUAACCUAACUAACAGAAAUUAGAACGAAGACUACAGGAUAACCUAACUAACAGAAAUUAGAACGAAGACUACAGGAUAACCUAACUAACAGAAAUUAGAACGAAGACUACAGGAUAACCUAACUAACAGAAAUUAGAACGAAGACUACAGGAUAACCUAACUAACAGAAAUUAGAACGAAGACUACAGGAUAACCUAACUAACAGAAAUUAGAACGAAGACUACAGGAUAACCUAACUAACAGAAAUUAGAACGAAGACUACAGGAUAACCUAACUAACAGAAAUUAGAACGAAGACUACAGGAUAACCUAACUAACAGAAAUUAGAACAAAGACUACAGAGUUUUACUAGAGGAUAACCUAACAGACUUGAGAGAGGACGUAGGCUACACUCGGGUGAAGGUCAAGAACUGUUUGAUUGCUUCACACGGAGGGAAAGGAUGGAGGUUGUUUUCAAGGAGGGGAUGCUCUACGUUAAGGGAAACAAGUUUGGAAAGAAAACGUGGAGGAAGACGUGGAUCGUUCUCUACCCCACUAGCAUUUUCGGCAUCGGUCGAGUCGAAUUCCACGACAUCCUUGACGGAGGUCACACAACCACCAAGUCCAAAUCCACCCAGUGUAGGAGGAUUGUUCAGCUGUGUGACUGCCUCAGUGUUACCCUGGCCCCAGAGGAGAGCUUUGCUCCAGCACUACCUAACGAUGACUGUAGAGCGUUCGACCUGAACACCACACAAAGAAGAUACAUCCUGGCCUCAGAGAACUACCAUGACUGGGUGGGGGCUCUCUGCCAACUAGCCUUCCAGAAAGAGCCUGGACACGCAGAGACCAGAGCGAAGGAGAGAGGAGGUGGGAUGGGGAUACCCAUGGAGGAGAAUGAGCUGUAUGCUACCUGGAAGACAGGUACAUAGAAUACACACCCACCC